UCUUCGUGCAAUCUCGCGAACACUCAUCGCUAGUGUUUUUACUAGCGGGUCGUCUAUGAAUGGGCCUGAGUGCAUACCGUUUCCAUCGGACCGUUGUCCAACUGUAACGCGAACUGCGGUGUGAGAAAGUCGUUGAACGUGUUUCCAGUUUUGUGACUGUGCCUCUAACUUCAGUGCAGUGUACGUGACAAGAGGUGCCGUUUUUUUUCUUUCUGAAACUGCAACUUUCUAAAUCAGCUGUUUCGAAGCCUUCCAUUCGAACUGCUAAGGAACCUUCCUCGCUUCUUUCGAUCAUGCAAACCACAAGACUCCACGAGGAUGAGGAAACUCGAUGAUGGCAGGUGGAACGAUAGAGUGAUACUGAACGUCGGCGGCAUACGACACGAAACGUACAAGUCGACGUUAAAGAAAAUACCUGCGACACGGCUUUCCCGUUUGACAGAGGCUCUAGCCAAUUACGAUCCAGUUUUAAACGAAUACUUCUACGACCGUCAUCCGGACGUUUUUGCACAAGUAUUGAACUACUACCGCACUGGAAAACUCCAUUAUCCAACAGAUGUCUGCGGGCCGCUGUUCGAGGAGGAACUCGAGUUUUGGGGUUUGGAUUCGAACCAGGUGGAGCCGUGUUGCUGGAGUACUUACAGCAUCCACAGAGAUACCAAAGCAACGCUAGCGAUACUCGACAAGCUUGAUGUAGAAGGCGAGAAGCUAAGCGAUGAGGAAAUCGCGCGGCUUUUCGGCUACGAUGAGGAAUACAACAGAGGGACCUUAUCGAGAUGGCAAAAACUACGGCCAAGGAUCUGGGCUCUUUUUGACGAGCCAUACUCAUCCCUCACGGCGAAGUGUAUAGCCGGUGCUUCGAUACUUUUCAUCUGCCUCUCGGUUCUCUGUUUCUGCCUGAAGAGUCACACGACAACGAAACGCUCGAGAAACAAUCAACGGCAUCCGGAAUUGUUUCAAUCGGAAUCGACUUGGAACAAGGACAACGUUGAUUCAUACCCCGUGCUCUUUUACCUCGAGCACACGUGUAACGCGUGGUUCACUUUGGAAAUUAUCAUUCGCUGCUUGGUCAGCCCGAGUCUGAAACGAUUUGCCGUCUCGCCGGUGAACGCGAUCGACUUAGCAGCGACGUUGAGCUUCUACACGGAGUUCCUAACGGAGUCUAGCUUGUAUCUGGAGGUCCUGUCGAUAGCCCGAGUCCUGCGGCUCUUUAAGCUGACGAGGCAUUCUCCGGAGCUUAGGAUCUUGAUUCAUACCUUCAAGGCGUCUGCCAAGGAAUUAGCCUUGCUGGUCUUCUUUCUCGUUUUGGGCAUCGUUGUCUUCGCCAGUCUCAUUUUCUACGCCGAACGACUUCAAGAUAACCCAAAUAAUGACUUCGACACUAUACCGCACGGCCUGUGGUGGGCUUUGGUGACCAUGACAACGGUAGGCUACGGUGAUAUGACACCAAAAACUUUUCCAGGAAUGAUCAUCGGGGGAUUGUGCGCGAUUGCUGGGGUCCUGGCUAUUGCUCUUCCGGUUCCUGUUAUCGUCAGUAAUUUCUCGAUGUUUUAUUCGCACACGCAGGCUCGCAGCAAAUUGCCGAAGCAGAGACGAAGAGUGCUGCCAGCAGAAUUACCAAGAAGAUCGAGAGGCUCCCUGUAUCAGGUACCAAACAAUAACCAGCAUCUUCUUCUCCCGAAUCAUUCGAGCAGGCCAAGAGCAGCCACUAUGGGAUUAGAGAAUGUUCUGCAUUUACAGCCUAAUAUCGUGAUUAAUUUACCGAGGGACUCAGUCGUUUCGGGAACCAUUAAUUCUGAGGGGACAGACUCUGUUCGCCUCGCCACCAACAAUCCUAUGAGAAAUGGUAAAGCAGUUGACGCGGUAGCCGACGAUUCCGUACAAGAGGACGAAAACAAAAACGAUGAUUCGCGUGUGGUUACAUGUAAACAUCUCCCGCCGGCUUAUGUUAUCGAAUCAGAUAAUACGAAACCGACCGAUAAUUAGUAAUCAAGAUAGGGUAUCUUACUCUACUUCCCCUGGUUACACUGUGCCCUUACACUAAUUUCACUUAUACUUAAAAACUACAAAACAUUGUGUUUUUUAAAUAAAAUUCGAUCUGUAAUUU